AUGCACAUGCUGUCAUUCCGCGAAUUCCUUGCUCGUCCAUUCGCCGCCGUAGACGGGAAUUUCCCCAACUGGACCUCCAGCUCCUGGCCUGCUCCUUGUCUGGAGAAGAAGGGAUCCCUCGUCUGGUGGAUUCCGAUGGGGGCUUGCUUUGUACGGAGACAUUAUAAUUAUGGAAGAAUCUCCCCAGAAGCCCCAGCUGCCGGGAGGUCCCCGGGUGACGACCCCCAGCGGGCCAACAAGAUGAGGGUGAUUACAGCUCGCCCCAGAGACAGAGGCGUGGGAGUGGGAGUGACACAUGGCUUUGUGGGCUGCGCUGGCUGUGAAGACGAGACACUCACGCCGUGUUGUCUUGGGUCUUUGGACCAUCAUUGUCGAAUCCGGGGCGACGCAAUUGUCGUAGACGCCGGCUUCCACCCCCUCGGGGACAUCAACUGCUACGUAAUCCUCGUGGUGGCUUACCUUUGCCUUUACCCCUCUUCAUGGAGAGUCUUGCAUCCCACGCCGGCGAUGCGUGAUUGGGUUUCUAGUAGGCUGGCCGACGGCCAACGCCUACCCAAACCAUCGGAGGUAGACUUUGGUGGUAUUUUGGUAUACGCUUAUGAGUUUUGGGUCUGGUCCACGAUGGAUGUCUCUGUCCGUGCUUCCCUCUUCGACUCAGGGUCACUCGGUCACUCAGUCACUCAGGGACACUCAAGGACCCCAUUGCCCUCGUCCUUCGAGAUCCCAAGGCAGCUCAGGGCACACAAAAUGAUCAACCCUAACGAUCAACGGUUGUCGUCCAGCCCAAGUGGCAAAGUCACCCGAGAAAGCCCUGCGUGCAGCCUGCGUGCAACCUGCGUGCAGGAUUGGGACGUGCAGGGACCUGGCAUCACUGUGCACCGUGCCAGAUGCCACGGCUCUGCCAGACAUACCACUGCCGCUAACAGGGUGUCCCUGCGCCAGGGUCGAGGCGCUGGCACGGUUGCUGAGGCUCCUACAAGGCCCCCCAAAGCCUGGGUCUGCCCCGCCCGCCAAAUCCAGCUUGGCCCCUUUUGGCCCAGUUCGGCCCAUCCCACGUCCACUCGGCCAUCUUCCUCCCAACCCACUCGGCCAUCUCCAUCAUCUUCAUCCGGCUACGGGCCACAGUCCACGCGCUACUCCCUCCACAGACCCCUCCUCCUACAACUUGCUUUUCCUUUUUGUCCACUCCGCCAGGAUCCGUCGGCCAUCGUCUCUCCGUCCUGUCGCCGCUCGCUGCUCGGCACCAGGCCCGUCCCAUUGUCCGUCGUGGGUUCCCUGCUCGCUCGCGGCUCGCCCACACUCAGCACCCUUGUUGGCCUGGCGCGCCCUGGCUCUCCCUGUCUUCCCGCCCCUCCCCCUGCUGUGGCUGGAUUCAGGCCAUUUCCAUCCAUUGCUCUUCUUCCCUGGCUCCCCAGCCCUGAGCCGACCUGGUUCAAUCAUCAUCUCACCCGUCUUCCCACUCCAAUACGCAUCCUUUCUACCUUGUCCAUUCUCCCUCACCGAGACAAGACAACACCCCCACGCCCGACUACUUCCUCUCCUGUUUCCCCCCGAACAAGAUGGAGUUUCUACCCCAGCUCAUCGACGCCAACAUGA